GGGGCUGCCAUUGAACCUUUCCCUUUUAAAAAAAAUAAAUGUGUCUCUGCCAGGGAGAUCUUUAAAUAUAUAUAUAUAUAUAUAAAAUGGAAGGAGCCAGAGGCAUGUUUUGCAACGGUUGAAGGGGGAGGUGAACUGAUUUGAACCGAGCACCGAGGUGAGGGGAGCCGGCUCGAGCUCCCGGUGAACGGCCGGCGGGCAGUGGCGGGAAGGCGGUCGGGCGGGAUGCGGCGCCACCUCCGCGCCGCCCUGCUCUGCUCGGCCUUCGUCCUCCUGCUCCUCCUCUACGUCUUCAACCAAAUCGCCGGCGCGGAGGAGGAGGAAGAAGAAGUAGAAGCAAAAGAGGGUCGGGGAGCAUCGGCUCCGCGCGGGAGAGACCGGGAUCGUGAGCAAUACCCGUCGAGCAGGUGUAAGGAUGUGUCUGUGUCUUUCUGGAAUCCAUAUUGGAUGCUGCCCACUGGUGUUUGUGCAGUGAACUGCUUUUGGGAAUCUGCAUUUAGGUAUGAAGUAGGAAGGCUGAGGUCUAGAGGCUCAUUGGAAAAUUCUCCAGGGACGAUGCAUCUGGCUGUGGUAGCUUGUGGAGAGAGACUGGAAGAAACCCUAACUAUGCUAAAAUCUGCAGUUUUGUUUAGUCAAAAACCACUUCAUUUCCACAUAUUUGCCGAGGAUGAACUCCAUGAUAAGUUCAAUAGCUCACUGGAAAACUGGAAGAAAGAAUUUCAUCAGAAAUUCAGCCACACCAUCUAUCCAAUAACAUUUCCAGGAGAUACAGCAGCAGUGUGGAAGAAACUCUUCAAACCCUGUGCUUCACAGAGACUCUUCUUACCUUUGAUCCUGAAGAACGUGGAUUCCUUGCUCUACGUGGACACUGAUGUCCUUUUUCUUAGUCCUAUGGAUGACAUAUGGGCUUUUUUUGAGGAUUUUAAUCAAACUCAAAUCGGGGGAAUGGCCCCAGAACACGAGGAACUGCGAAUCGGCUGGUACAACCGCUUUGCCAGGCAUCCAUAUUAUGGGAAAACUGGAGUCAACUCUGGAGUAAUGUUGAUGAACAUGACCCGAAUUCGAAAAAAAUAUUUUAAAAAUGAUAUGACAACUGCACGGCUCAAAUGGGAAGAUUUACUUCUACCUCUCUUCAAAAAGUACAAACUCAACAUCACCUGGGGAGACCAAGAUUUACUCAAUAUUGUUUUCUAUUACAACCCAGAAAGCCUUUUUAUUUUUCCAUGCCAAUGGAAUUAUCGCCCAGACCAUUGUAUGUAUGGCAGCAACUGUAUGGGAGCAGAGGAUGAAGGCAUCUUUGUUCUUCAUGGAAAUCGAGGAGUCUACCAUGAUGAAAAGCAGCCAGCUUUCAGAGCUGUGUACAAAGCAAUAAAAAAUUACCCUUUUGGAGAAGAUCCCAUCCAUUCACUCUUAUAUCCACUUGAAAAAGAGCUGCAGAAAACUACAAAUACCUAUUGUGGAAGGAUCCAUCACGUCUUCACACAAAGACUAAAGAAGAGUAUAAGAACUUUACAGGAAAAAGUUUCGAGAGGGAGGUGAUUUUGUGUAAUCACUGUUUUUUUGGAAUGAAUUUUUUGCCUUGAACUUUAAGAACAUGGGUUUUCUAUUGACCUAAAUAUGGGAUAUUUUUAAACGUGAGGCAUUUUGAAAUGAAAUAACCAACUCCAAUCAUUGUAUCAACAUAGGUAUUUACGCUGAAAACUGGAAGACAAUUUCUAAAUGUCAAUCUCCAUUUAGGCACUAAUUUACCUUUUUUUUUUAAAACUGAAGAACUUACUUAAUGGAAAAUAUUGUUUACAGAGACAUGUGUUAUUCUGUCGAGUGAAGAUAUAUUAGAAUUGUUGACAAUCUGUUUAUUGUGUCUUUAUGAAGUUAUAGUAAUUAAUCUGAAGUUAUGUGAUGCAAAGUUAACUUUAGAUGUGCUAUUUGUUCAUGACAAUCAAGUUGUAUUGCACAUAAGGUGUUUGCUCUUGGCUCAGUUGGAAUCUUUGCCUAUUGUAAUACAGUGUGCUAACAUAUAAGUGAAUUGAUUAAUUUUCAAUUAUCGAUGAACAAAGUGAGCAACAGAAAGUAGUUCACUUUUAGUCAGUUACAAUUUUUCCAGCAAUAAAGGAAUUCAUACCAGAAAAUAUACCAAAUUGGUACCUGGUAUGAAUAGAUUUUCCAGUUAUUUUAAAAAAUGAGUGAGAUUGUUUUGUGCAUUGUAGCUUCAUUUUGAGUUCGAAGUGCAGAAUGUUUAUUUGGCAAAUUCAUGUUUAUACCUAAAGUGUGCAGACACAAUGCCCAAUACAUAACUGUUUUACAGUUUUAAUACGUUGGGGGAAUUUGUCCUAUUGCUUAUACUGCAGGAAAAUCCACCACCCUUCUAAUUGAAGAUAACUGGUAGUAGUCGGCUGGACUGAAAUGCACUCGGUCAUCUCUCGGCUGUUAAAUUUUAUUUAGCAGAGUAAAAGCCUUUCUGCUGUCAUUGAUUCUUUUUGCAGCUUCUGGGAAAUGGAAUACUAUGUAAACCAGGUAAAUGUACCAGAUGACUGCAUGCUAUUGAAGUACUAGUCAUUUAGAGAUGAAUUAGGGCGAAUUGAGUGUCAUCAUUUCAUCAUUUAUUUUUUUCGUUAAUUGCUUAUUAGUCCUUUCAGAUUGAAAUCCCUGGUGGAAUUUAGCUAUAACAAGUAAGUACUAAACAUUUUAUACAGGUUUGGAAUUAUCCAAGGUAUUUUUUUAAAUAAAAUUGACAAACUUAAAGUAUUAUUAUAGAAAAUGUGAAAAUGCAAUGUGUAUUUUUUAAUGAAAUAAAAUUGAAUAUCAAAUCUGU